AUGACCUUGUACGUAUGCCGAGUUCAGAUCCAAAGCUCGCUGGCAGCUUUUGCUGCCGUCCUCGGCGACGGAUCUAUCGCCAACUGGGGGGUUGCUGACGUUGGUGGUGACAGUAGGGCUGUCCGGGAGAAGCUGAAGAAUGCGCUGGGCAUCCGGGCCACUCGUUAUGCUUUUGCUGCUCUCCUUGGAGAUGGAUCUGUCGUAAGCUGGGGCGGUGCUGGCCAUGGUGGUGACAGUACUGCUGUGCAGGAUCAGCUCAAAAAUGUGCAGCAGAUCCAGGCCUCUGCACAGGCUUUUGCCGCGAUUAUCGGCAAUGGAUCCGUCGUUUCCUGGGGUGAUGGUCGCUGUGGCGGUGACAGUCGUGCCGUUCAGCAUCAACUAAACAAUGUGCAGCAGAUCCAAGCCUCCGGCAGCGCUUUUGCUGCUAUUCUGCGGGACGGAUCUGUCGUGUCAUGGGGUGGUGCUGACUACGGUGGUGACAGUAGUGCCGUGCAGGCUCAGCUGAAGAACGUGCAGCAGAUCCAAGCCACUAGCCAUGCUUUUGCUGCCAUUCUCGCCGACGGAUCAGUGGUGACCUGGGGUGCUGAUCAGUUUGGGGGUGACAGUAGUGCUGUGCAGGAUCAGCUCAAGAAUGUGCAGCAGGUCCAAGCCAACGACCACGCCUUUGCUGCCAUUCUCGGCAAUGGUUCCGUCGUUACAUGGGGUGAUGCUCACCAUGGUGGCGACAGUAGCGCUGUGCAGGAGCAGCUCCGGAACGUACAGCAGAUCCAAGCCUCUUACAGCGCCUUUGCUGCCCUUCUCGGAGACGGAUCUGUCCUAACUUGGGGUGCUUCUGAACAUGGUGGCCGCAGCGGCGCUGUUCAUCAUCAGCUGAAGAAUGUGCAGCAGAUCCAGGCCUGUCAUCGUGCUUUUGCUGCCAUUCUUGGUGAUGGGUCCGUCGCGACCUGGGGCGAUGCUGACUCUGGUGGUGACAGUAGUGCCGUGCAGCACCAGCUGAAGAAGGUUCAGCAGAUCCAAGCAUCUGUGUGUGCUUUUGCUGCCGUUCUUGCUGAUGGAUCUGUCGUGACCUGGGGUGAUGCUGAGCGUGGUGGUGACAGUAGUGCUGUGCAGGGUCAGCUGAAUAAUGUUCAGCAGAUCCAGGCUUCUUUCGCCUCCUUUGCUGCCAUUCGUGGCAACGGAUCUGUCGUGACCUGGGGUCAUGCUGACUGUGGUGGUGAUAGUAGUGCUGUGCAGGAUCAGCUGAGGAGCAGUGCCAGCUGGAGCUGA